AUGGCUGGUGGUGGGUCCGCGGGCGCCGCUCAUCCCGUGGAGGGGGAACAACGUGGGGGGGACGACGGGCUUCUUGUCCUGCAGGAGGUGACUCCCCAGGCGGUAGGAGAGCAACGCAUAAAUGUGGACCUGAAGGAAAGGGACAGACGCAAAAGGGCAAACAAUAAAAUAUUGAAAAGAUUAAAAAAAAACAUUCGAGAGAAAAAAGAACUCGAGAAAAACAGAAUCAACUACCUACCAGUGGAUCCAAAAGAGCUUCCGCAAAAUUUACCAAAUACAAAAAAAAUAAAAAAUAAAAAAAUGAAAUUAAAAUUAAGCAGGGAUGUUCGACUAGCCAUCCUGUCGUCUAAAAAGUUGCUCGCGAAUAAAAAGUUCAAGCGGGUCGAGGAGGGAUUCAUUCGGGUGGUGCCAGCACAGGAUGAUUUGAGAAGAGGGGGGGACCCGACCAACGAAGAGGACAAAUCUGUUACCCUCAAAAAGGGAAAAGAGGUCCAGCCCUCUACUGACGAUUUAGCAGGAGCACGCUCCUUACUAACGCAAAAAGAACUGUACGCCCGAGCGGACGUAGGAACUAAGAAGAAAGUGAUGGACUUAAGACUAAACUUGGGGCCCUACCAAUGCAGGUACUCACGAAAUGGAAAGUACCUCUUGUCGACAGGAGAAAAGGGACACAUCACCCUCAUGGAUACACACAAUUUAGAACCCAUGUGCGAAUUUCAAGUGGAUGAGUCUAUCAGAUGCAGCACCAUCCUGCACAACCACAAACUUUUUGCAGUGGCACAAAAGAAAUAUAUAUACCUGUACGACAACACAGGGAUUGAGAUUAACUGCAUUAAAGACAUUCUUUACUCCUACCAAAUGGAAUUCCUUCCGUUUCAUUUUUUAUUAACAUCCAUUGGUGAGUUUGGUGAGUUGGUAUAUCAGGACAUAUCAGUAGGCAGCAUCAUUACCAGGAAGAAAACGAAAAGAGGUCCAUGUAAAAUAAUGAAACAAAAUAAACAAGACGCAACCAUAUACCUUGGUCAUACAAAUGGCCAUGUAACUGUGUGGACCCCCAAUAUCGAUAAACCUGUAUGUGAUAUAUAUUGUCACGCCACUCCUAUUUCUACCUUAACAGUUCAUAAAAAUUACCUCAUCACUUCUUCUGUUGAUUGUACAUACAAACUGUGGGACAUGAGGAAAUUAGAAUUCAUUGAAUCUAAGCGAUCGCAUAAUGUUAUUAAUGAAAUGGAAGUGAGUGACACAGGGGUCGUUGCAAUAGCCAUGAAUAGUCACUUUAGAACUUACAAAGAUUUUUUCACCAACCCACAACUCUACCUAACACAUAACACAUAUGGAGAUAAAAUAAACUCCUUAUCAUUUCAACCCUUUGAAGAUAUAUGUUGUGUCGGGGCAAGAUACUCCAUUAAGUCUCUUCUAGUUCCUGGUGCUGGAUUAGCCAAUAUCGACACGUAUGUGAACAACCCAUAUGAAACGAAGAAACAGGUGCGAGAAAAUGAAAUCAGAUCCCUACUCGAUAAGCUGCCUCCAGACACUAUCACAUUUGUGAAGAACCAACUGGGAAGGAUCAACCCCUUUGCUUCAAACGCGAGACAGGGAAAGGCAGCAAACAGCCAGUCGUUUAGUGCAAAUGAGGCGGUAGCGUCAGUAGCGGCAGCGGCAGCGGCAGCAAGAAGAAAAGGAAGAAAUGGUAAAGGCGCGCUCCAUUCAUCAACGACCCUUAAACACCAGACGGGAGACUCGUCGGAGGACGAAACGUCAGACGGGGCCACCGGGGGGGGACAAGGCAAAAUGACAACCGCACACAGACCCACAUGGUACAAUGCCAUCGGAGGGGAAAACCAGGGUGGCAACCGCAAGGUGAGCCAAACCGCCAAGGUCUGCAGCAGGGACCUGCCAGGGCACACCAAAAUGAAGACCAGAGACCUGAGCGACUAUGUGGAGGACAAGGAAGUGAUAAAAAACAACCUCAUUCAGCUCGAAGGAGGAACUACCGACAAGGAUAACAGCCAUAGGUUGUUAGCCAUUGAAAAUAUAAAAAAACUCACCAACCAUGAUUACACCAACCCUUUUCCCGAGGACGAGGAUGAUGAAGUGGAGGAGGAGUGGAAGUCACGCAGGAGGAAAGAGGGAAAAAAGGCCAAACGGAAAAAUUCAGCGUCGCGCCGCGCAAAGGGAGACUCGCAAGAUGGAAGUCAACAGGGUAGUCAGUCAGGUGACGACAUUUCAGAUGACCCUUCAGAAGACCAGUCAAAUGAGUCUUCAGAGGACAGGUCGGAUGAUUCCUCUGAUGACGAAUCGGAGGACGAGGAGGAAAAGGAACUCCUGAGGGAACUCGAAAACCUAAAGCGAGAAAAAAUGGAGAAGGAGAGACAGGAGAAGCAGGAGCAGGAACUUCUACAAAGCAGAAAGAAUAAUGUGCUCACCAACAACCCGCUCAUAAACCUGGAGGACAAUAGUGACAAUGAGGAGGGCGAAGGGAUGAGCAGGAAGAGAAAGUGGACCGAGGAGGCCAUCUUCCGAAAUACCUGCGAGAAGAAGGAGAAAAAAAUAACCUUCAUCAACGACACCGUGCGCACGGCCUUCCAUAAAAAGUUUCUCUUUAAGUACAUUCACUAA